AAAUCCCUUUUGAGACAGUUCUGAAAGCUUUUUCCUUUCUGCUUAAUCACUGCACACUGCUCUCCCAAGCUCACCACCCCCGAAAGCUUCAGGCAAAUAGGUUUGCUGCCCUUUCACCAAUGUCUGAAUCCAAGCCCCUGGUUUCUCUCCAUUUUCGAAUGAAUACUGUAUAACGUCUUUUUCCUCUGCCAGCUUUGACUAACACCAUCUGCUCGAGUUUAACUUUUGCACAAGCAAUGGCUGGUUUUUGCUCAUCAUGAAGGAGGGAGAAGCUUAACUAAGGUGAGAUCAAGAGUUUCCUGUCCCCUUGGAGGUAGUCACCAUCUUGGAGGUGACAAUUUUAAAUAAAACAGCCCAGAAGGAUGGAUUUUGGAAGUGUAAUGAAGCAGGCUGCCACACCUUGCAUGCCUGCUGGCAAUCAUGAGCUGCCAUCCACUGAGGAGAGCCCUGCAAAGCAUGUAGAUACCCCGGUGUUUGCAAGAUCCCCCAAAAUUAUGCAAGCACAACGUAAACCUUCAAGAAACUUGAGCCUAAACCAGGCCAUGGAAGACACUUGUGAACUAGACCUGGUAUAUGUCACAGAACGGAUAAUUGCUGUCAACUUUGCAAGUUUGUCGGAAGAGCAAACCUUCUGCAGCAACCUUAAGGAGGUGGCUCAAAUGCUUAAAUCCAAGCAUGGGGACAGUUACUUGCUUCUUAAUCUGUCAGAAAGGAGGCAUGACAUCAGCAAGCUGCAUUCCAAGGUGCUGGAUUUUGGAUGGCCUGACUUGCACACACCUGCCCUGGAGAAGAUAUGCAGCAUCUGCAAGGCCAUGGACACGUGGCUCAAUGCUGACUCACACAAUGUGGUAGUGCUGCAUAAUAAGGGGAACAGAGGCCGAACAGGGGUUGUUAUUGCUGCUUACAUGCAUUAUAGUAAUAUUUCAGCCAGUGCAGAUCAGGCUCUGGACCGCUUUGCCAUGAAAAGGUUCUAUGAGGACAAGGUGAUUCCAGCUGGGCAGCCAUCUCAGAAGAGAUACGUCCAUUACUUCAGCGGUCUGCUAUCUGGCACCAUCAAAAUGAACAACAAGCCCCUCUUCUUGCAUCAUGUCAUCAUGCAUGGGAUCCCCAACUUUGAGUCUAAAGGAGGCUGCCGGCCCUUCCUCAAGAUAUAUCAGGCAAUGCAACCGGUCUACACAUCUGGAAUCUAUAAUGUGCAGGGAGACAGCCAGACGAGCAUCUGUAUCACCAUAGAACCAGGACUCCUCUUAAAGGGAGAUAUUUUGUUGAAGUGCUAUCACAAGGAAUUCCGUAGCCCGACUCGGGAUGUAAUCUUUCGGGUGCAGUUCCACACCUGUGCCAUUCAUGAUUUGGCUAUUGUCUUCAAUAAGGAGGAUCUGGAUGAUGCCUUUAAAGAUGAGCGAUUUCCUGAGUAUGGGAAGGUGGAAUUUGUAUUCUCCUAUGGUCCUGAGAAAAUUCAAGGCAUGGAACAUCUGGAGAAUGGCCCAAGUGUCUCAGUGGAUUACAACACUUCAGAUCCACUCAUCCGCAGAGAUUCCUAUGAGAACUUCAAUAUACGUCGUGAGGACAGCAUGGACGAAGUUGGGCACACUCAAGGGCCCCUAGAUGGAAGCCUCUAUGCCAAGGUGAAAAAGAAAGACUCGCUUCACGGCAGCACUGGCACUGUCAACCCCAAUCGCAUUGCCCUUUCUGCCGCCCCCAACCACAUUGAGCACACACUCUCGGUCAGCAGCGAUUCAGGGAACUCAACGGCGUCCACCAAGACAGACAAGACCGAUGAGCAGGCAGCCCCUUCAGUCCCCAGCAGCAGUGGAGGAAACAACCCUAUUUUGACCCCUGAAGAAAAGCGGGAGCUUGAGAGUUUGCUCAGUGGAUUUGGUUUGGAAAACGAAGCCACCAUGCACAACCACAGCCCCAGCGAGGUAACAGUGGCUGCUUCUGCUUCAUCUGGCCGCCAUAUAAUACCAGCUCAGGUUCAUGUCAAUGGAGAAGCUGCUGGCUUAGUGGCUGAGAGGGAAACUGACAUUUUGGAUGAUGAGUUGCCCAACCAGGAUGGACACAGUGUGGGUAGUUUAGGUACCCUUUCCUCUUUCGAUGGCACUACCAACACCAGUGACAUGGGCUAUCAUGAGGCCCCCCGGAUGGAGAGCCUCACUUCCUUGCCCAAUGGUUCGUCCAAUUUCAAUGGCCUAGACAAGCUGCAUGAUUCAGAGAUGGUUAUCAAUGGUGGUUAUCCCUACAACAACCAGAAUGCCUUGCGGAACAUCAUGGGGCGUCAUCCUCAUGAUCUGUACGGGCACAUCCGGCCCUCGGUGUCUGCCCAAGAAAAUCUGGCUGAUUACCACCAGCAUGGCUUCCCCACUCCUGGCUGGUUACAACCCCAGCUACCAGCCUCCAGCCAGCAGUAUCCCUAUGGCUGUGACUCAAAUAGCAUAUACCGCUCCCAGUCCUUCCCCACAGCUACUGCUGAAACCUCCCAGCUUCCCCAAGCACCAGCCCGAAGCACAAGUAGUCGGGAAGCUGUCCAGAGGGGGCUUAAUUCUUGGCAGCAACAAGGUGGAGGUAGCAGACCACCAUCGCGUCAACAGGAUGGUGCUCGAGACAGCCAAAGUUCCAGUAUUGCCAGUGUGAGCCCUCAAUCCAGCCCUUCACAAGCAGCACCCCCUCAAAGCAUCAGCAUCCCUGAAUUCCCUAGAGUUGCCUCCCAGAAGGAAAUAGAACAGUCAAUUGAAGCCCUCAACAUGCUCAUGUAUGACCUGGAUCCCUCUGUCUCCAUGAUGCACAAAUCCCAGAGUGUUCCAUUGGCUUCCAGAGAAGACAGGCCACAUCCAGUAACUCUUUCAAUGUCUGCCCAACCUGUGAUUGGACCUCAAGUGGUGCAACCAAAGGCCACCAAUGCUUUUGGCUUGAUUCCAGGAAGCCCUUCACAAAACUCCCUAGGCACCAGUGUGCCCCAGAUGGCCGAACCAGUACCCAAAGCUCAUCCUAUGAAACUGUUGCUCAACAGUGCUGGAGAACCAGAGCGUCCAGCACAAGAUUUCAGAGAGGCCUAUUCUCCAUAUGGCUAUCAGAACCAACAGCCAAUUGUCAUACAAGGAAAAAGCCAUGGGCAGAUGGCAGGAAGCUCUCCCACAUCUCCUAGGUCUCAUGCAGCAGCAUGCAAGGUCAUGGAAGGGCAGCAUCCUUUGCUGAUAUCACCUCCCUCAUCCACAACAGCAGUCCAACCCCAGAUGCCCUUAAAGGAGGCUGAGAGUCAUGGAGAAGCCUCUCAGGCCUCAGGGGAAGAGCCUUUGCAUCUUGAAGGUCUGGUGGCUCACAGAGUAGCAGAAUACAACGCCAAACUCCGGGACCUCCGGAAGAGCAUGAAAAGCCCCCAUCCUCCUCUUCACCGACAGCGAUCCUUCUCCUUUUCUGGAUACUUGGGCCUUCUGAAUCCACCCAACUCUGUCCCUACAGGAGUGCAGCCACCACAGGAGAAGUCACCAGAUGAAGUUGAAGCCUUUGUCCGGAGACGUACCACCAGUGAAGGUCAAUAUGAGAACAGUCCCCAGGAACCCAGUUCACCACGAAGCCCGACGGUUCGAUCACCAAUUCACUGUGUCUCACCAGAGGUGGUCAGCACUAUUGCUGCCAAUCCUGGAGGAAGACCCAAGGAGCCCCAUCUCCAUAGUUACAAAGAAGCCUUUGAGGAAAUACAGGGGACCUCUCCAAGCAGCCCACCUUCCAGUGGUGGUGAGACUUCUCCCCCAACCCCUGCCUUCCCUGUCUCACCACAAACCCCUUACAGCAACCUGUUGCGCUCUCCGCCAGGACUGGCCAAAACUCCACUUUCAGCACUGGGGCUGAAACCUCAUAACCCAGCAGAGAUUUUGUUGCAACAGACAGGAGAAGUAGAUGGGGAAACAGUAGUUGAAUAUGAUCAAGAGCCCCGGAGCUACGUGGAAUCUGUGGCUCGUACAGCAGCAGCAGGCAGUAGUGGUGGAAGCGGCAUUGCUGGGAAGCCCCAGGCAUCCUUGGCUCCAGAGGCCUACAGCACUGAGACACCUGUAAGGAAUGAAUCCCUCAACAACUCCUUCACCUUGCCUAGCCCAGCCUCCGCCAGCAGCCCUGUACAUAGCAUGGAUGGGAUCUCUAUAGGUAGCUACCCUUCAGAAAACAGUACCAGCAUAGCCAUUUCCUCCCAACCGUCCACUGAGUCCAGCUUCCAGUCCGCUAAUCUUUCUCAGGGUCCGUCAGCACACAGCAGUUACCAAAAUACAUCUACAUCAACUCAGGGCCUCCCGGCCUAUAUGAAUGCCGACUUCCCUGAUGGCCGAACCAGCACUCAGCAAGAUAACCAUCCGAGGUCUCAAGCCCAGAUCAAUGCAUCUGGGGUCCAUGUCAUGCCUGGAAGCCCCCAUGCUCUCCAUAGAACAGUAGCUACCAAUACUCCCCCUAGCCCAGGAUUUGGGCGAAGAACUGUUAGCACAAACAUGGUGGCCAUUCCAGGAAGCCCAAGUAUGAACAGGCACUUAAUGGGUCCCCAUGGCACUGUUGUUUCAUCACCUGGGAGUCCAAGCCAUGCUCGUCACCAGCCCAUAGCAGGGGGCAGCACAGCCAUUAUUUCUGGGAGUCCCAGUCUGGAUCGACACAUGAUAUGUGGGUACUCAACUCCAGAGGAAAAGCACCAAACGUUGUCUCGCCAGAGCAGUGCUUCAGGUUAUCAGGCUCCCUCUACCCCAUCAUUUCCUGUCUCCCCGGCAUACUAUCAUGGAGUUACCCCACAUUCCUCUUCCCCUGAUUCAGCAGUAUACAGACAGGGCAGCCCCAACCCAACCCAACCUUUGCUCCCGGAGAAAAGAAGGAUGUCAUCAGGGGAUCGAUCAAACAGCCUGCCAAACUAUGCUACAGUGAAUGGCAAGACUUCGUCACCCAUUUCCAGUGGCAUGUCCAGUCCCAGUAGUGGGAGCAGCAUGGCCUUUCAUCAUACUCUGCCAGAUUUUUCCAAAUUCUCAAUGCCAGACAGCAGUCCUGAAACCAGAGCAAAUGUAAAGUUUGUCCAGGAUACCUCGAAAUACUGGUACAAGCCAGAGAUCUCCAGAGAACAAGCCAUUGCAUUGCUAAAAGACAAGGAACCCGGGGCUUUCAUCAUUCGAGACAGCCACUCUUUCCGGGGAGCCUAUGGACUGGCCAUGAAAGUAGCUUCACCACCUCCAGGUGUUGUACAACAGAGCAAGAAAGGAGAUAUCACUAAUGAGCUGGUAAGGCACUUCCUGAUAGAAACCAGCCCUAAAGGUGUGAAACUAAAAGGAUGUCCCAAUGAACCCAAUUUUGGUUGCCUGUCUGCUCUGGUGUAUCAGCACUCAAUCAUGCCUCUGGCAUUGCCCUGUAAGCUGGUCAUUCCUGACAGAGAUCCUAUGGAUGAAACAAAGGAAACAACGUCGUCUAGCAACUCAGCUACUGAUUUGCUCAAACAGGGGGCAGCCUGCAAUGUGCUGUUUAUAAACUCAGUGGAGAUGGAAUCAUUAACAGGCCCUCAGGCCAUCGCCAAAGCAAUCACUGAGACGUUGGCUGCUGACAUCCCUCCCUCUGCUACUAUCGUCCACUUCAAGGUCUCCACGCAAGGCAUCACCUUGACAGACAACCAGAGGAAGCUGUUCUUCAGACGACAUUACCCUAUCAUUACUGUCACCUUCUGUGAUGUGGACCCACAGGAUAGAAAGUGGACUAAAUCAGAAUCUGGUGGUGCUGCCAAACUCUUUGGCUUUGUGGCUAGGAAGCAAGGCAGUACGACGGACAACGUUUGCCACCUCUUUGCUGAGCUGGAUCCAGAUCAGCCAGCUGCUGCCAUUGUCAAUUUCGUUUCCAGAGUUAUGCUUGGCUCCUCUCACAAGAGAUGAACUGUGGCUUCCCCCUCGCAGGGGGCUUCUUGCCCUUGAAUUUUGACGAAGGACUUGGAGUUGUUCCGAGAAGUAGUGUGAGGAAGUGCAACGUGAAGGAGAGACGUGAACUGAUGGGGGGAAGGGGAGGUUAAAAAAAAAGCGAUCUGGAUUGUUGGAAGGCUGAAACCAACCAAACGCAUGUAUGUAGCAGAAACCAAGGAACUGACACCAUUGCCUUUCCCUGCCAAGAUCAAGAGAUGGAAACAAUUUUGGCUUUUGGAUCAGCACAAAAUCAGAUAAUUCAGCCCCACAGGCCAAAGUAUGAGUCUUAGUAAUCUUUGUGGGAUAGGUCUAUCUAGUAGUUGCUUGUUUAGAAAAUAAGGCAAAAACAAAACCAACACAAAAAUACCCAUGAAUAUAUGAGCUUCAGGAAUAAUAUCCAGAGAGAUGCUAAAAAUGCAGUCAUUUUUAAAAGCAAAUGCUCCCAAUUUAACUACUGCGGAAAGUAUGAAGUGUGUCUGUAUGAGUGUGUGUGCACAUGCAUGUGUGUCUGUCUGUGAUAUGCACAUAUUUCAGUAUUUAAUGUGGGGCUUUAAUGUGAGACUUCUUGCCUCUGAUGGCUAUUCAGAACAUGUGUCUGUUGAAACCCACAUCAUCCCAUUCCCCUGAGGUCAUAGGCCUCCAUCACAUCAAAGAAAGACUUACGAACAGCUUUUAGCAGUGGAAGUGGGAAAUAUUUAUUUUAAUCAGUAGUCACACUCAUUCACACAUGCAUGUGCACCUACCAAUCUGUACAAACGAGUUUCAGAGCUGAGAAUCUCUUUUUCAGUAAUAAUUUGUGGAGCAUGCUAGCCAAAGCAAAAUCCAGUAGUAUCUAUCAGAGACUAUGCAAUGCGGUCCAUAAUAAAUUGUCCUAAGACUCUCUUUAUCUAAAAUAUUCAAACACCGGGGUUGGGGAAUGCCUUUCCUUUUGAGUUUAGGAUAAAAGCAGUCCUGCCCAGGCUUGUCCUUAGGGAGACAUACAUGUGAUUUUGGAAGUUGCAUGGAAAUUAUUCAAUAGAGCAAAGGCAAGAUGAAUAAUCCAAUAAUUGGGAGGGGGGAUUUUGUUUUGAAAUCACUAAGAAUAACCAAUAUAAAGACUUGGCUUGAUGUGAGACUUUGAUUUAAGCAUGGCCCUAGCUGUUUGAAAAGACAGUGGCCAUAUGUGAUUAAUUUGUCCAUUGGAGGUUCAAUAUGUAGCAAAAUUAGUUCAUUAUUGUUGCAUUAUUAAGCUUUAUUUUUGCUUUUGGAGGCAUCAAACAUUAGAUUUUGCACUGACCUGCUAAUAAUGUUAUGCUAGAUUGACAUUUAUUGUAAAAAGGGAGACUGUUCCUUUAUCUUGCAUAUCAUUUCAUGGAAAGCAACUUCAUAUCCUUUCCAGAGUAAAUGAGAAAGUGUAGCAGUUGCAGAGAGACUGUACCUUUUUAUAUUUAACAUCACAGGUGAAUCCUUCUACUAGUAUGAUUUUUGGCAUUUCUAAUGGAGGCCACGUAUACACUGUCUAUAAACUAUUCAUGCUUGGUAUAUGUCAAGGAGAGGGUGAAUAAUGUGGACUGAUCUAUCACAUAGAAUUUCUGUAGUGUCGUGAGAAUUUCUCACUAUCCUCCCAAACAUCUAUAACUGGCAAAUUUUAGGCAUAAAAAUGCUGUGCUGAAUGGAUAAAGAGGUGUUCUUUUCUACCAGAUCCUAUGGGUUUAUUGUGAAUUUUUUCAAUAUCUACUUAAAUUAGACUCAAGGAAGCCACUGUUGUUUCACUAUAUAUCAGCUGAUCCAGGGCAGACUGGUAAAAAUUACUGAAGAGCCUACCAUACAUGGAAACAAUAUGAAAAACUCUAUACAUGCUCUGUUAAUAACCUAACCUUAUAAAUUUUGUUCACUGCUACUGUUGCAGUUCAACAAGAUCUGAUUGAAAUCAUUGGAGAGCAAUUGUUAUCCAAUAUGCUAUAUAGCUGAGGUGGACCUAAAUCUAAGUGAGUUAAUAGUAUUGAGUGGGACAGUCAGACUGAUGCCCCCCAACACAAUUUAGUGGCCUCCACUAGAAACCAUUAAUGAAAAUUGGUCUCUCCGUCAAUUUUAUUCUGACAUGAACAGGAAACAAAAUAGCAGAGAACAGAAAUCUUUUGGGAUACAGCCCAUGUUAAUGAGACCCUUCAUACAAACUCAUGCAGUAUUCACUACAAACCAGUGCGACAACUUGCGAGACAUGCAGUCACCUAAAUUCCCCAUGCGUUUUCAUUGCCUUCUUAUAUAAUAUAUAUAUGUAUGUAUGUAUGUAAGUAUGUAUGAAAUAUACUGACAAAAUAAUGUAAGCUAAUCAAUAAUUUUUUAAAAAAUGAAAUUUACACAAAGUAUUUAUUUUUUUUUUCUUGGCCCUGUUGCUUUUAUCUUUCACCUCCAAUAUUUGCAGCUCCCUCUGUUCCUUCUACCCCAUAAUACUCUCUGUAUAACCUGCCACCUCCAGACACACUGGGAUUUUUUCCUGCAAUUCUGGGAGUUAUAGCCCCAGUAUAUCUGGAAAAUACCAUGUCUGGGGAUUAGUGAAGGUCCAAAGCUUUCCUUUUGUUACUGUGGCCAUCAUGGGCAAAGUUUCAAAACCUGAGGUCAGUUCCACCUCCCGAAUGCUGUAAAAGCAGGGGCUUCUAAUACUGUGCCCCAGGACAAUGACAUUGUACAAUGUUCCUCAUCCCCACCCCCACAUUUUUCAUCCUCUGCCUGAGCAAAUGAGCAUGAAUGCAUUUGUAUUUUAUUGUUGAAUGACGUGAGGGAUAACGGUGUGAGUACGUGUGAAAGUGUGUGAAGAGAGAUUCCUUUCUGGAUAUUGUCGUAUAAAGCAUGAGUUUUGCAUCUGAGAGUUGUUGAGACAGGUACUUGGAUGGAGUGGGAACAUCAGUUUUUGGCAUCAUCACCCAGGCUCUGUAUCCCAUCCACACCCAGAUGGGAUGCUGGAGACUGCGAGAGUUAUUCUUUAUGUUUGUUAUCAAUGUCUCUCUCCUUCUGAAAAAUUCAAGCAAGAUGAUUCCCCCUCCCUCACCUGCAACUGUCUCACCCUGCCAUUAACCAAUUAGAAAAAUACUGUGUCUAUAUAGAUAUAUAAAUAUUAUAAAUAUAUAUAUUUUUUGAAAGUCUCUAUUUUUCAGAUUUCAUUUUUUUUCACUGCUUUCAAAAUUGUCCCCCUUCUCAGUGUUUGCUACCUUGUCAGAAGAAAAAUAUAUUGAAAGUUAAUGGUUCAUGACUUUUUUGACACUCAGAUGAUGUUAACUUGAUAUAAGUAUCCAGUAGUCACAUAUAAGUAAAUACGUUGGUAGGCGCAUGCAUGUCAACAAAAUAUCUGCUUCCAGCCAUGCCCUGCGCACUGUUCCUAUACUAACUCACAAGCUAAAGAUGGAAAGUUUAAGAUUCCUCUCUUUUUAGCCUACUUGCUGAGGCAACGCUUAAUCACAUUAUAUAACUUGUUGCUUGUACAACUUGUAUCAAGACAGUGCUGCGUUUUAGGAAUAACCUUGUACUUAUCACGCCGGUUUUAUGUAGAUCACCUUUCCGGUCCU